AUGGCAUCUACAUGUACGUCAAAUCAUUCUCAAGAGUAUGAACUGGCUGGUGGCUUCAACAAAGUUCAAGUCACCAUUUUGGCUUCAGAAUGGGGUUCAAGCAAAGGAGGACUCUCCACCAUAAGCAGAGAGUUAGCCAUACAGCUGGCAAAGUUCCCUGAGGUAGAAAUCACUAUCUUUUUACCAAGAUGUAGUGAAGAAGAUAAAAACCAAGCCCUAUUGAGCAAUGUUAAGAUUGUUGAGGCGACAAGACAUCCUGGCUUUGAUGAACUGGACUGGCUCAGCUUUCCACCAGAACAUUUGCAAAUUGACGUAAUUGUUGGUCACGGAGUAAAACUCGGUCGCCAGGCGCAAAUCAUUAAAAACUCAAAAAAAUGCAAGUGGGUUCAAGUGGUACACACUGAUCCAGAGGAACUAGGGAUGUUUAAAUCCUAUAGCAAGCCAAUUUCAAAAGGCGAAGAAAAACACAGAAUUGAAGUUGAACUGUGUGAAAUGGCAGAUUUUGUUGUGGGAAUUGGUCCCAAGUUGAGCGAGGCGUUCAGAUCGUAUCUUCGAAGCAGUCAGAAAGAUCAAAAUGUUGUUGAUUUUACCCCGGGUAUUUUUGAUGAAUUUGCAAAUGUAAAACAUAGUCCUGAGGAGAGAAAACAGUACAGCAUCUUGGUGUUUGGCCGCGGAGACGAUGAAGACUUUGAAUUAAAAGGAUUUGACAUUGCUGCGAGGGCUGCUGCUUCAUUGCGUGACACUCGUCUUGUGUUUGUUGGGGCCCCAGAUGGAAAGCAUGACGAAAUAAAAGAGAAGUUGACAGGAUGCGGUGUUCUUGCUAGAAACUUGAGGGUAAGAGGUUUUGUGCAGAGUCGGGAGGAAUUGAAACGCCUGUUUCAUGAAGUGGACCUUGUACUUAUGCCAUCAAGAACUGAGGGCUUUGGGUUAACUGGUCUUGAGGCUUUAUCUGCUGGUCUCCCUGUGCUUGUCAGUAGCAACUCGGGUUUUGGAGAAGCUCUUAGCAAGGUGUCAUUUGGCUCAUCAUUUGUGAUCGAUUCAGAGGAUCCCAAUGUUUGGGCUGCCGCCAUCAAAAGUGUUUGGGACAAAGACAGACAACAACGUCUUGAGGAAACUGAAACUCUUCGCACUUGCUAUGAGAAGAAGUACAACUGGGCCAAACACAGCAGAAAUCUCCUCGAUAGGAUGAUUAGCUUGGCUCAUGGUAUGAGUUUUCGAUUA